AUUCCACCACAAUCCUUGUAUUUCCUAUGUUACGGCCGCGAAGCACGGUAGCAGACAUCAAAGCCACUUUCGAAGCCCGCAGCAGACAGAUCCUCGCCGAGCAGCAACAGCUACAAGCACAUUCUCACAGAGCAGGCGACCUAGCUAACAUGCCUCCUGUCAAACCAUCGACCCUCCUCCAGAAACUCACUCCACCAUCGAUUGAUGCCAUCCUCGAUACCGUCCCAGCACGUCUACGUCCACACUGGAUCGGUCCGAAACGUGUCGACCGCCCAGUCACGCCGGGAAUAGAAGCUAUGAAGAGAACAGUCACCAUCGACUUCAGCUCGCCAGGUCUUCAGCCUCCCGUCUUCAUUGGCACGAGCCUGAGCGAUCCGCAAUGGGAGGCGAUUGAGAUGGACCAUACGAAGGACGAGAAGGGCGAACACCACUUUUCGAAGACAUUUGCCGCAGAAGAAGGUGAAUACCAGUACAAAUUGCGUCUCGGACCGGGAGACUGGUGGAUCUGCGAUGAUAGUAAGCCCAAGGUCGACGACGGUGCAGGCAACCAGAACAACCUCGUCGUCGUCAAGGCUGAAGCUCAACCUGCGCCCACUCAGCCUGCCGCUUCUCCUGUUGCAGCCGCAUCAGUGUCAACGCCUCAGGAACCAGCACAUGAUCGACCUGCUGAGAAAUCCGAGGCAGCACCAACAAUGCCAGAUCCGCAUGGAUCCGAGAAGAAAGAGGACCCUCACACUACAGAGCCUGCACAUCAUGAAGAUCCUCCACUGCUGCCGCAUGAGUCCGCAUCGUUGGACACGCACGAGCAGACGCAUGCACCGCUAUUCCGACAUGAGAGCAUGGCAAUCGACGACAAGAAACAUGGCGACGACGCACAUCCGACGGCGUCACCUACAGGUCGCAUGACGCCUCAGGCACCCGCAUCGCCAAUCCCUGAAGAGGCCGAUCCCAAUGACCCAACACUGGUCAAAUUCCCGACUGAUCACAAAGGUAUCAUGGAGCACCUGGAUCGCACAAAGCAGAAUCUCCCUUCAGAUCAAAGCACUCCCGGCCAGAAGCCACCAGCUCCGCAUUCGGCCGCAGCCAGUGCGCCGCAGUCUCUGUCCAGCGUGCAGGAAGACGAGGAAGAGUCAGGACUUGCGGAGCUCAUCGUACCCGUGGUAAUGGUCGUCGAUGCAGAUAGAAUUGAUGGUCCGAUGACUCCACCAAUGACACCAAAAGACUUGGACGAGCGAAGCUUGGCCGAAGAUGCGAGUAAAGAGAAGGUGGAACGCGAGUCGGCUGAUGGAGGCGCUACGGCCACAGAUGACUCGUCAUUCUCUGUCCUCCUUCGCAGUUUCGCCGGUCUUGGGUUCGCUGCGGCCAUGGCUGUGACUACACUCGUCAUCCGCUACUUCGCACCCAGCUCCUCCAUUGACUCCAUGCUCGAUUCUUGA